AUGGCACGAUUUGUCAUGGUUGGUUUGGUCUUUGCAAGUGUAUCAUUGCUCAUGUCAUCUGCAGCAGCGCAAGUUCCUGAUUAUGACUAUCUACCCGAUGAGUCCAUUACCCCUGCUAGCUCUGAAGAUGAUGAAGCCUACGCUCCAGUUACGAUCAAGUAUGGGUUUCCACCAGAGCCGUUCCGUGGAUAUUAUGACAAUUUAGACCAAUGUGAAGACAACUUCAACCUAAAUUGUGUUAAAGAGAUUUACCGCUGUAUGUUCAAAACCGAGCCUCUUAAUAAGAACUGUUGCAAGAACCUUGUGCAGAUGGGAUAUGGCUGUCACAGUAAGUUAGCGAAAUUUGCGAACCUGAGAAAUAAAGCAAAAGCUUCCAUGGCAUUGGCUAAGAGUGUGCAGAUUUGGCAAAAGUGUGUCUUAGUUGUUGAAACUGGUCGAUUCCCUGUUGUUCCUGCUCCUUUCUAA